AUGUUCUACGGUUUGACCAUCAAAGAAUGUAGGAAGGUGGCUUACGGAAUGGCAAAGGUUAAUGGCAUUGAAAUACCCAGCUCAUGGGAAAGGGAUAAAAUGUCAGGUUUGGGAUGGUUUCGCUUAUUUAAAAAAAGACAUCCUGAUAUUUCAGUAAAGAAACCAGAAGCUAAUGUUCAUAAAAUCCAUGAAUUGCGUCCACUCUACACGAAAGCGCGCGUUCAAAUGUACAACAAAAUGGGGGCUCAUGUAUCUCGAAUCGCGCGGCUGACGCCCUCCCAACGCGCGUUGAACGAAAAUCUCAAAGCACGCGUCGAACGCUUGAGAUUGCGUUGA